CGUUGUGGUUGCUUUGAAAAUGAGAAUAAAUUGUUUUAAACUUGGACUGGGCCCGCUUCUCGGGUGCCUGGUAUUCAUAUUACUGAUUGGUUUAGGACAGAGCGCCACUGCUGUCGAGGAAGAGGUUCAAAGUUCAAGAAUUCUGGCCGUGUUCCCCUUUCCAGGCCGAUCGCAAUAUAUAUUCGCUGAGCAAUAUCUUAAGGAGUUGUCACGACGCGGUCAUAAUGUUACCGUAAUCAACACUUUUGGUAGCGAUAAAAUCGAGCCCAAUUUUCGAGUUAUUGGAGCCAAGAAAAUACACGAAAUAAUGGCGGCAUUUUCAAACUUGGCCUACGACCAGACAGCCAGUCAAUGGACAGUGUUGACUAUGACCACCGAUUUUCUGAAUCUGCUGACCACAAGUGUCCUAGAUGAACCAGCUGUCAAAGAUUUAUUGAAUAGUCAGGAGAAAUUCGAUUUGGUCAUAAUGGAAACGGUGCAGAAUGAGGCUCUCUUCGGUCUGGCUCAGCAUUUUGGUGCCCUAACAAUGGGCAUCUCGUCUUAUGGAACUGACCGUCACAUUGAUGAAUUGAUGGGGAAUAUAUCACCAUUAUCCUACAAUCCCAUGCUCCUCUCAUCCCGCACAGAGCGAAUGGGUUUCGAGGAUCGUUUGUGGAAUGUUUGGGAGGCCGUUGUCAUUUGGCUGCACAAGAGGAUUGUCCAUAUGCCCACCCAAAGGGAGCUGUAUGCCAAAUACUUUCCAUCUGCUCGGCAAUCUCUGGAGGAGAUUAUGGAUAGUUUUUCGCUGGUGCUGCUGGGUCAGCACUUUUCCCUGAGCUAUCCACGUUCCUAUCUGCCCAAUAUGAUUGAGGUGGGCGGACUUCAUUUGCAGCAGCAGCGAAAGGUGCAGGAUUUGCCCAAGGAAUUGGCCGAGUUUGUGGAUAAAUCCGCAGAGGGAGUCAUAUACUUCUCCAUGGGAUCGAAUAUCAAGAGCGUCGACUUACCGCCAGCACGGCGUGAGGUCUUGAUGGAAACGUUUGCCAACUUGCGGCAACGUGUCCUGUGGAAAUUCGAGGAUGAUAAGCUGCCCGGUAAACCGGAGAAUGUUUUCAUUAGCAAAUGGUUUCCCCAACCAGAUCUGCUGGCCCAUCCAAAUGUGAAGCUUUUCAUCACCCACGGCGGAUUACUUAGCACCAUUGAGAGCAUUUACUUUGGGAAACCGGUUCUGGGUCUGCCCGUCUUCUACGAUCAGCAUCUGAAUGUCCAACGGGCAAAGCAGGCGGGCUAUGGCCUCAGUGCAGAUUUGUGGAGCGCUAAUGCCACGGAGCUUAAAUCCUUGAUCCAGGAACUGUUGAGCAAUCCCAGCUACGCGAAAGCAGCCCAAACCAAAUCCAAACUAUUCCGAGAUCAAAAGGAGACCGCUCUGGAGCGAGCUGUUUGGUGGACGGAAUACGUACUGCGACACGACGGAGCUCAGCACUUGAGAUGUGCCUCCCGAGAUCUCAGUUUUAUCCAGUUGCAUGGCCUGGACACCUGGGGACUACUCAUCGCAGUCAGUACUGUCGCCAUACUGAUCUUCGUGAUUGCUCUGAACUAUCUAGUGAGGGGCCUCGGUUAUAUCAUCGCCUGGCGUCGUGGGUCGCCGAACAAAUUGAAGACCCAGUAACCAAUUAAAGU